AGAUGGCUGGUAUCUUGGGAUGGAUGAGAUGGCUGGUAUCUUGGGAUGGAUGAGAUGGCUGGUAUCUUGGGAUGGAUGAGAUGGCUGGUAUCUUGGGAUGGAUGAGAUGGCUGGUAUCUUGGGAUGGAUGAGAUGGCUGGUAUCUUGGGAUGGAUGAGAUGGCUGGUAUCUUGGGAUGGAUGAGAUGGAUGAAAUGACCAGUACCUGGAGAUGGUAGAGAUGACCAGCCCCAGGAGGUAAAUCAGGUGAUAAGUACUAAUAAUUCUGUCCAUGUUAAUGGAAGUCCAGGCUGAUUCUUGCACUAUGGAGGGAACCUGUCAUUGUGUUAAUACCAUGGUUGCCCCGGGUAUGACAGAAGAGACACAACUGUCCUAUAUAUUGUCACAUUGUGAGCAUUUCUUCUGAUGUGUCUCAAAGUUGUAGUUUUGUAUUUAAUAUUGUGGUAUAUGCAGUAGCCUGUGUCCAGGGGCAGAUGAUAUUCUCUCUGCUGAUGAAUUGACCUUUAUAUACUGUUCUUAUAAUACACUUGUGUGGUGAUACAGUCCACACAUCCGGUAUUAUAAUCAGUGGGACGUUAGAAUGAGGACACAUAUGGAUUACAUGUGGAUUUCCGUGCAGUCCCCCACCUUCCACUGUUAGUCCCCUGGGGCGGAACCUUUCUUUCAGGUCGGAACGUUGUGUGUCGUGUCCUGUGUUCCCGGCGGGGCGGUGCUCAACGGACAGGCCUGCAGGGACCGAGCGGAGGCGGGGGAGACUUGGAGAGGCCGGAAUACGAGUCAGGGAAACGGGGAGCACCGGGGCUGGAAAGAGAUCACGGGCUGAGGACAAGUCCGAACCCUGCAAGUGUAAGCUCCCCAAUUGUCCGAGCAGAAUGUCCAGGUAACGUGUUGCUCUCUGGAAAGAUUUGCAAUGUCUGACGCGUCCAUCUCACCAAGUGAACCAGACCUGGAGCCACAGGAAGAGGAGGAGGAUGAUGAUGAUGAAGAAGAUGAUGAUGAUGAUGACGACGAGGACGAAGAAGACGAGGCUGAUGAAGAGGAUGAAUUGGAUGAUGAGAAUGAUGGGGAUGAUGAAGAUGAAGCACCUACCAAGAAAGAAAAGUCUCAAAGUGCCGCAUUGGGUGCAGAAAAUUCUGAACACGGCACCAGUGGCGAGGACGAAUGGAAAUGCUCAUCUACCUCAGAACAGAACGAUAAAGAUGGAAAAACAUCUAAAAAUGAAGAGGAUAAGAAUAAACGCUCACAGAAGCCUAUCAACAUGAGGAGGAACAUCAGGAAGCUUCUACGAGAAGAUCAGUUAGAGGCUGUGACAAAGACCGCUCAACAGGAGGAGCUAGAAAGACGUAAACGUCUGGAGCAGCAGAGGAAGGAUUAUCCUAUACCCCUUAUCCCUACAUUGCCUGGAGUCUCUCUAGACUUCCUUAAUGACGAGAUCGAGCUGAGGGCAGCGGAUGUGUCACAACUUGUGGGGAACCAGGAGAUCAUCUGCCUGGACAGCAGCAGUGGGGACAGUGAGGACGAGUCACAGAGGAAAGUUUUAGGUCCAAAGGAUGAGGUGAUUGAGCUGAGCUCGGGGGAGGAGGAGUCUCUGCAGAUUGUGGACAGUGGAGAUUCCACUAAUGAAGUUGAUGAUUCUGAUCUUGCUUGUGAGAACAGUGGCUCCCAUGUCAAUGAUGCUUUGAACCAGCCGGAUCCUUUUGGACAGGUCUUGGUUAAUAUCAACCACCCACCCAAUGAAAAGGACCUUUUCCUGGCACCUCAACUAGCACGAGCUGUCAAACCACACCAGAUUGGAGGCAUCCGCUUUCUAUAUGAUAACCUUGUGGAGUCUCUGGAGAGAUUUUCCAGCAGCAGUGGCUUUGGCUGUAUCCUGGCACACAGCAUGGGAUUGGGCAAGACCCUGCAGGUCAUCUCAUUCCUGGAUGUUCUCUUCCAGCACACGCAGGCAAAGACUGUGCUUGCGAUUGUACCGGUGAACACUCUGCAGAACUGGCUAGCUGAGUUUAACAUGUGGCUUCCUGCUCCUGAGACAUUACCUCCUGACCACGAUGCUGAGUUCCUUCGACCACGAUCCUUCAAUAUUCAUACACUGAAUGAUGAGUUCAAAACAACAGCUGCUCGAGCCAAAGUUGUGAAUGACUGGGUAACAGAUGGGGGUGUCCUCUUAAUGGGGUACGAAAUGUACCGUCUCCUGUCCCUCAAGAAAUCUUUCACUGUGGGCAGAAAGAAAAGGAGCAAGAAAGCAGCUGGGCCUGUGAUCAUUGACCUGGACGAAGAGGAUCGGCAACAAGAGAUGCUAAAAGGGAUGGAAAAGGCCUUGUCUCGACCCGGCCCUGACGUGGUAAUCUGUGAUGAGGGACAUCGUAUAAAGAACUGUCAUGCCAGCACAUCUCAAGCACUAAAGAACAUUCGGUCCCGGCGGAGGGUGGUCUUAACGGGAUACCCUCUGCAGAACAACCUCAUUGAGUACUGGUGCAUGGUGGAUUUUGUGCGCCCGGACUUUCUGGGCACGAGGCAAGAGUUCAGCAACAUGUUUGAAAGGCCCAUCCUCAAUGGACAAUGUACAGACAGCACACCACAGGACAGACGCCUCAUGAGGUAUCGCAGCCAUGUGCUUCACAGCUUGCUGGAAGGCUUUGUGCAAAGGCGUGGACACACUGUUUUAAAGGCUCAGCUCCCUUCUAAAGAAGAACAUGUGAUCUUGGUUCGUCUGUCCCGGAUACAGAGAGCCCUGUAUACAGAGUUUAUGAACAGAUUCCGGGAUGCUGGGAAUAGUGGAUGGCUCGGUCUUAAUCCCCUGAAAGCUUUCUGUGUGUGCUGCAAGAUUUGGAAUCAUCCAGAUGUUUUAUAUGAGGCUCUCCAGAAGGAAAACUUGGCCAAUGAGCAGGAUUUAGAUGUUGAUGAUCUUGGAACAAACACCCGAUGCCAGUCCCAGGGUUCAAAAGUCAAAGUGGAAACUGGGGCCUUAGGGGCCCUUAUGGGAGAAGCUGCCAACAGCAAGCUCCUACAAGGCAUGGGCUUCAAUCCCAGCCAAGAGAAAGCCAAUCAAGUGGUUACAUAUGAAUGGGCCAAGGAGGUUCUAUAUGACUACCAAACUGGCUUACUUCAAAACUCUCCGAAGAUGGUUCUGCUGUUUCACCUGAUUGAGGAAAGCAUGAAACUGGGUGACAAAAUCUUAGUGUUCAGUCAAAGCUUGUCUACACUUUCCAUCAUUGAAGAUUUUUUAGCGAAGAGACCAAUGCCAGCUACACCCGGAAAAGAAAGUCAAGAGAGGAGCACCUGGGUCAGGAAUGUCAACUAUUACAGAUUGGAUGGAAGCACUUCAGCCUCAGAAAGGGAACGCUUAAUAAACCAGUUCAAUGACCCUGGCAAUGAAAAUGUCUGGCUGUUUUUGCUGUCUACACGUGCUGGCUGCCUGGGUGUCAACCUGAUAGGUGCUAACAGAGUAGUUGUAUUCGAUGCCUCAUGGAAUCCAUGUCAUGAUGCCCAGGCCGUGUGUCGUGUGUACAGAUAUGGUCAGAGGAAACCUUGUCACAUAUACCGUCUAGUGUCUGACUUCACCUUAGAGCGGAAGAUAUAUGAUCGUCAGAUCACCAAGCAAGGAAUGUCAGAUCGUGUAGUUGAUGAUCUCAACCCAGAUGUAAAUUUCACUCGACGAGAAGUGGAAAAUCUGCUGCAUUUUGUGGAGGAGGAGCCGGAUCUGUCCCGCCAGCAUCUGGAACCCUCUAAAUUUAAUGAGAUAGUGUUACAGAAAGCUUGUAUAUUAUACCCUCACCUCAUCACAAAGGAUCCUUUCCAACAUGAAUCUCUUCUCCUGGAUCGUAAGGAACAAAAACUGACACUGGCUGAGAAGAAAGCAGCAAAACGAGGUUAUGAGGAGGAGAAGAGGGCUUCUGUGCCCUACACCCGGCCAUCCUAUACCCAGUACUACCCAGCACCAGACCACAGCCUGGCAAACAUCCCAGCGUUUAACCAGAGAAACUGGCGUCCAUUGCUGAGGACAGAUGAGAGGCCGGUGGCCAGUGUCCGACCUCUACAAUCAACACCAAUUCCUAUGAUGCCCCGGCACAUGCCUGCCAGUCAUGGUAGUUCUGCCUCCAGCUCUGUCCCCCCCUUUAAUUUCCCAGUAAACUACCUACAGAGAGCGGGGGUUCUCGUUCAGAAGGUUGUCACCACCACAGAUAUUGUUAUACCUGGAAUGACCACAUCCACGGACGUUCAGGCAAGAAUUAGUGCGGGUGAGAGCAUUCAUGUUAUCCGAGGCACAAAAGGAACCUACAUCCGUACCAGCGAUGGGCGGAUAUUCGCCAUCAGGUCAAGUAGCAAACAGAAGAGUUCCGAACCGCGGCGUUCUACACAGUUAGGUUCCCAGGGACAGAACCUAGGCCAAGGCCAGUCUGGACCGUAUAUGAGUAAUGGGCGCCAUAGAUCUAGUCCCCCUUCCCAAGACAAUGAGGAGCCUUCACGACCACUCUCGCCAGACAGCCCAGAGAUUCUGAGUGAGCUUCAGCAGUAUGCACAGGCAGCAGUUUCUCGUAGCUCUCACAGUACCCUUCAACUUCCAAACCCAAGCCUUCAGCCUCAAGGUCUCAUUCAGACACCCAAAUCACAGUCCAGAAAGCGCAAGGAGCCACCAGACCAAUCCAGCCAAUGGUCAUCCAGCAAGAGGCACCCCUUCAGCCAGCUGCCUUACCCUGGUUUGGCAGGUUUUGGCAUCAACCCCUCCUCGCUGAACCACAGCUUAUCCAGAGCGGCGAACUCUGUGUAUAUGGGGGCAGGGGGAGGUGCCACCCACUUUCAGCUGCCCUCCUUGCUGUCGGACGCACAGUUAGGCCUCCCAAUGGUUCCUGAUCCUCUACUGCCCCCCACCUCGGGCACCUCCUCAGCCCCUUCAAGUGUGCCCCCAUACCUUUUGUCUCCUUCUUUUUCUCUGCCCUUCACACAGCCAUUGCCAGCUCAGACACGAAUGUUUGCCCCAUUUCCAUCUUCAGUGCUAAACCGAGGACUCUCCACUAAUAGCGCAGCAUCGACCUUCCCUGGCUACCUCAACUCCCAGCCAAGCUACCAACCUCCAGCUGCUGGAGCUGCAUCCCACCCCCUUCCACUGGGAGAGGGACAGCCAGAGUCUAGUGAGGAAGAUGGGAAAGAUGAUGACGUUGUGGAGGUAACAGGGAAAUGAGAACUUUUGACACGUUGCCACCAGGUGUUGGCAGAGGACUGUGCCUCCCCUCACUCCACGGCGCUGGAUCUUCAGUUGUGGGGGGGGGGGGGGCUACAGUGCCCUGAACAAGUGCUGCUGGGGUAACAAGCACAGUUUCAUCAUUCUUGUCAUUCCACGGGGAGAGGACAGGACAGAGGGCAUAUUUCCUCUCCCUCUAGAUCUUCUAGCGACCUCCCUGAUAAAAAUGAGUGUCAGUUGUUGGACUUCCAAAUAAACUUUCCUUCCUAAACUCUUUCUUACACCCAAACAACAUGUGGGAAUGUCUCCUAAUUUGACCUGCGCAAGGAGAGUCCAUGUUUGUCAGAUGUCCAACAUCACAGAGCGGCAGAUUUAAUCAAAGCAGCACCACUGUCCUCUUUAGCCAGAUUUAGUCCGUGUUGAGAAGGGGAAGGGUACACUGGUGUCUGAUUUGCAGCUUUGGAAAGUCUCCUAAUGUGUCCAUUGGUGUUUGAAUAAUACCCAGAGUUCAGGUCAUUGUGCUGGAUUCAUCUGCAGCCUCUUGAGACAAGGCACUGCAGUCAUACACAAGUUACGUGCGUGUAGUCAGAAAGGAAGUCGCUUCUAAAGAAGUUUUGUGAAGAAAUUGCAUUAAAAUUAGUUGCAGAUUAAAUUAAUCCAACAGGUAGUAAAAUACUUUCCACUGUAAUUCCUUGGCAGUGAAGGGGUUAAAGUGUCCUGGUCCUUCAUGUAUAUUACUGUAUUUCUUUUAUACUAUAUCUUUUUUUUUUUUAUAGGAUUUCCCUCAGUCACAUUAUAUAAAAUACGGAAUCUCACAGCAGGUUUGUUGAGUUCAAGUUUGGAGUCGAGUUAAAUUGGGUGGGUAGGGGGCAAUCUAUCCAAGGAGGAAAUGGUGAUGAGAUUCCCUGAUGAACAAAAAGUCACUGAAUUUAUAUGUAUUAUUUUUAAUAAUGUUAGAAAUAAAUGUGGGAAGGGGGCCUUAGAUGUAAAUGUUUCGCUCAUCCAGUCAGUAGGUUCAGCCCUAGUAACUCUUCAGUCCACUCACUGUUCCCUGGAGUAUAAAAUAUUUAAUUCCUAGAAUAAUCUUCUCUCCAAAAUUGUUAGUCUUUUCAAUUCAGGUUCUCUGUUCUUUCUGUUGCUGGGAAAGCUGGGUGUCUUUAAAUACGUUUUUAACUCUAGCCUUGUACUAUUUAAGGUGCAAACAACAACCAUUUUCUCCAUAUAUCUUUAUUGAAAUGUUUUGUUUGUAUAAUGUGGACUCUUAACUUUUACAUACAUGUAGCACAGGCUGAUGUGUCUCAUUUAUAGUAAAAUAUGCCAGAGAAAAGCCCCCUUAUGUCUCCAGCCCUUACCUCCAGUCUCAAAUGAUGCUACAUUUUUAAUAAAGAACAGUUUUUAUUUUUAUAUAUUUUUUUCAUCAAAACAAGGCUUUAAAACAAAAUAAAGAAAAUAUAUUCAAAGAUGUCAUAGCCUUUAAAGCUCCCACAAGACUUCUUACCCAGCUUUCCAGUGGGGCAGACAUGUGAGGGAUUUAUGUGAGCUAAAUAAAUUGAGCUAAAUUAAGUGCCACACAGGAGCCUAGGAAAGUCUACAAAAUUGUAGUGAGGGUUGCAAUGGUAUUUACCCAGCUUUCCCAGCUAUAACUAAGUGAUAACUAAACCAAAAGGGGAUAACUACUCUGGACUUCAGCUGACCUGAAAUGUGACUAGGAAUGUUCUAUGAUGAUGAUGAUGCGCCAUAUUUACUGGAUUUUAUUAUGUUUUCCACUAUUAUUUUCCCUCUGUUAUUUGCACAUUUACUAAUAAACUUUAGAAAGGGACAAAUUGCAUAAACUCAAGGGGGAAUCUAUCAAUUGUUUGGUUUUUGUGUAGGUUUUGGCUAAACAUUUGGCAAAAAUGCUACUUUUUGCACCAAUUUUAUGGUGAAAACAUUAAUAAAUCCUCCCCUUCCCAAAUGUCUGUAAAUUCUUUCCUGUACCUUAAAAUGUACAAUGUAGUGAACAGUGUCUCUGGGGUUUAGAGUCUGCAUCAUGGUUUUACCUGUGUUAUUCUAUGCUAUGGUGCUAUGUGAUCAAUGGACAGGCUACUUUAGUUAACCCCUCACUACUGCAACACUUCUGAAGGUAAAUGGAUGCUCGGGAUUAUCCCAAAGCAAGGAACCAGUUGUUAUAUAGCCCCAAUCUCUUUUCCGUUGUUACCUCUCAUACAAAUUUGCCAAAUUUAAUGUCUACUCCCCUUAUGUCUGCGCAGGAAACUCAGUCAGAGCUUGGCGACAAGGCUGAGGAAUGAGGCACCUGUACCUCAUUGUUCAGCGAUUUCUCCAGUUCCUGAUGAAUUACUAGGCCUCAUGUGCUCAAUCUUCUUCCCUGUGCGGAUAUGACAGGUUUGCUCCCUUGUGUCAGGAAUGGAAAAGAGAGCGUUUUCAGACCUCUGCGCAGUGUCAGGACAGUUAUUCUACAGCCGCUCACCUGUUUGUUUAUAGAUAUCUAUUUAUUUCUAUGUUCUCGUGCCCCAUGUCAUUUUUUUAAAACAUAUAUAUAUGGGAAAAAAUAAACUGACCAGUUACUCAAGGCUGUCAUGUUGGGGAGGUAAAUGGCUACCUGCCUUGUUUUCUUUUUUUGUAAAAUAAAUGUUAAAU